AUGGCGGCCAAGACGGAGAACGCCUUCGAGGUGCUGACACGCGAGGAGGCGGCCCCCGAGGUGGAGAACCCGGCUGCGGUCGUCACCCAAGAAGACGUCGACCUCGGCCUGGCCGGCAAGGCGGAGCUGCAGCAGGAGAUGAAAGUGGCCAGCGGCGGCCCCGCCGCGAUGGUCGAUGCGCCUCCCACUCCGGGCCGCACAGGCCCCCUGCCCCAGACCCAGCCACCCAUCAAGCCUGACGCAGCCAAGGAGCACGGCGAGGCCGCGCAGGAGCGGGCGGGCGAAAUGAAAGAGGCCGGCGAGCACAAGGCAGGAGAGCUGGCUGAAUCGGCCAAGCACACGGUCGCCGACGUGCGCCAGCGGGCUGAGGAGCUGGCGGAGGCCGGCAGGGAGCGCGCGGCAGAGGCGGGGGAGGCGGCGCGGGAGUAUACUGGGGCAGCCAGGGACAAGGCCGCCGAUGUGGCGCACGCGAUGGGCGACAGCGUGUCCCAGGCUGUGGAAUAUAUAAAGGAGCACCUGCCGGAGGUGCAUGUGGAGCGUGCGGAGUCUUCUCCCGAGGAGCGCGAGAGCCAGGCGCUGCUGGAUGAGGCGAUGGCGAUGGCAGGCGGCGCGCCGGUGCCCAUCCGCACAGAGGCCCCCAGGCCCGCGCCAAGCCGCCCCGCCGCCGAGCCUGCCCCGUCUGCCAGCGCCGCGGCCCCGCCUGCUACCAUCCCCGGCGCUGAGCUGGACACGGAGCCCUUCCGAGCCUACGAGCCUCGCACCGCCACCGACGUGGCCAACCGCGCCGCCGAGAGGGCCGCCGAGGUGUCGGAGGCCGCCAGGGCCAAGGCAGCCGAGAUGGUGCACCGCACCCCUGGCUCCGCCGCCGCCCCCGAGCACACAGGCGGCGCCAGGCAGGCCGCCAAGGAGGCCGCCCCCGAUGAGCUGGCUGCCAGGGUGGAGCGCGAGGAGCAGAGCGCCAAGGGACCUCUGGAGGCGCUCAUGGACACAGUGAAGAGCACCACCGACUAUGUCAAGCAGCACGUGCUGCGGUCGCCGCCGGGGUCGCCCCGGGCGGGCACCCCCCAGCCAGCGGGGCAUCCAGAGCCAGAAGUGGUGGUGGUGCGGCGCACCGGCAGCGGGCGAGUGCACGAGUACUCGGCUCUGCCCGGGGACCUGCACCCCGCGCAGCUGGCGAGGGCCGCCAGGGUGGUCAGGGAGAAGGUGCUGCAUGCGCCGGCAGCCACCGAGGCCACCGCCGCCGAGGCUCGCGACGCCACCGUGGGCGGCAUGCGCGCCGCAGGCCAGGAGAUUGAAGGCACUGCCCGCGCCGCCACCGACAAGGCAGAGGGGGCAUAUGAGCAGGCCAGGGACACAGCCGGCUCUGCUGCAGACGCUGCUGCCGCCAAGCUGGAUGCCGCCAAGCGUGCAGUGACUGAGGGGGCUGGCAGGGCUGCCGACACGGCUCGCGACACCGCGGGCAGGGCUGGCGACGCCGCUCGCGAGGCUGCCGGCAGGGCGGAGGCCCGGGCUGGGGAGGCUGGCGGCGGGGCCAGAGGGCUGCACGAGAAGCACGAGGGCGCCAAGGCGGCGGCAUUCGCAGAGGGCCGUGCGACUGAGGCAGAGCGCCAGGAGCUGCAGCAGGGCGCUGAGCACUGGAACCCGCCGCCCAAGACUCCCGAGGAUGCGGCGCGCCAGGCGGGCAUCAUUCCGUCUGACACCGAGUCCCUGCUGAAGCAGCGCGGAGGGGCGGCCUACGAGGCGCAUGAGGCGCGGGAGGAUGAGGAGCGCAAUAAGAUCAGGACCAGUGAGCUGCUGGAUGAGGCUUCCCUGGCCUAUGGCGAGGAGAACCUGGCUCCCGGCGACCUGUCCGACGUAAAGACGGAGGCAGAGGGCGGCGGCCCGCUCGCUGACAUGUCGCGUGGCGGCGCCGGGGCAGGCGAGGGCCUGAAGGGCGCGCUGGGGCGGGUGUCUGCCGGGGCCAAGGAGGAUGCGGUACAGGACCUGGGGAAGGACGAGCCGGGGGACGAGGGCGAGAUUCCCUCCUGA